GGGACACACUGUGAGGGUGAGGCUUCUCCGGUCCACGGCUGCGGCCUCUACACACCCACGGCGGCCACAUCUACGUGCACAGCUACCGAUGCGCGUCCAGUGACUGGGACAGCGAGGCCCGCGAGCGCGCGGCGGGGGCGGCGGCAGACGCCUGGCCACCGUGACCCCGAUUGUGGAUUUACCGCUCGGGGGGUGGGGGGAGCCUGGAUUUAACUGGCGACUAUUUUGGGGGACGCCGGACGCCAUGUUGUGGAAAUUAACAGAUAAUGUCAAGUAUGAAGAGGAUUGCGAGGAUCGCCACGACUCGAGCAGUAAUGGCAACCCUCGCAUCCCUCACCUCUCCUCUGCCGGACAGCAUCUCUACAGUCCCGCGCCGCCUCUCUCGCACACCGGGGUUGCAGAGUACCAGCCGCCUCCUUACUUCCCGCCGCCCUACCAGCAACUGGCGUACUCGCAGUCCGCCGACCACUACUCGCAUCUGGGAGAGGCUUACGCUGCCGCCAUCAACCCUUUACACCAGCCCGCGGCCACCGGCAGCCAGCAACAGGCCUGGCCCGGUCGACAGAGUCAGGAGGGCUCUAGCCUGGCCUCGCACCACAGCCGCUCUGCAGGUCUCCUACCCCAUAUUUCAGGGCUGGAGGGGGGCUCGGUGAGUGCCCGGCGGGAAGCCUACCGCCGUUCCGAUCUGCUGCUGCCUCACGCACACGCCCUGGAAGCCGGUCUGGCUGAGAACCUGGGGCUGCACGAGAUGGCUCACCCCAUAGAGGAGGUGCAGAAUGUGGACGACCCGCACCUGCUUCUACACGAUCAGACUGUCAUUCGCAAAGGACCCAUUUCAAUGACCAAGAACCCUUUGGGUCUCCCCUGCCAGAAGGACCUGGUAGGAGCCGUCAUGAACCCCAGCGAGGUCUUCUGCUCUGUCCCUGGAAGACUGUCUCUGCUUAGCUCUACAUCUAAGUACAAAGUAACAGUGGCUGAGGUACAGAGGCGACUGUCACCACCGGAAUGCCUAAAUGCCUCACUCCUGGGAGGCGUGCUCAGAAGAGCAAAAUCCAAAAAUGGAGGCCGGUCCUUGAGGGAGAAGUUGGACAAGAUCGGGUUGAACCUUCCAGCGGGGAGACGGAAAGCUGCCCACGUCACUCUCCUCACGUCCCUUGUGGAAGGUGAAGCCGUCCACCUAGCUCGGGACUUUGCCUAUGUCUGCGAAGCGGAGUUCCCCAGCAAAGCAGUGGCUGACUAUUUAACGAGACCGCAUCUUGGGGGACGGAAUGAGAUGGCCGCUAGGAAGAAUAUGUUGUUGGCUGCACAGCAAGUGUGCAAGGAAUUCACUGACCUCCUCCAUCAAGAUCGAACACCCAACGGGAACAGCAGGCCCACCCCGGUCUUGGAGACGAACAUACAAAACUGUUUGUCUCAUUUCAGCCUGAUAACUCAUGGCUUUGGCAGCCAGGCCAUCUGCGCGGCGGUCUCCGCAGUGCAGAAUUACAUCAAGGAGGCCCUCAUCUCCAUCGACAAGUCCUACAUGAACCCGGGAGACCAGAGUCCAGCCGACUCCAACAAGACAAUGGAGAAAAUGGAAAAGCACCGGAAGUAAAGUGGGUGUGCGGAGGCCAGAGAGCGGAAGUAGAGGACCCAAGUCCCUUCCACUGGGGCAGCCUGGGAAGCAAGCGUCCAGCCCGUGGACGAUGCGGUUACCAGCUGCCUCAUUCUGGACCUGCCCUUUUGGAGUCUGUGACUUUUCCAUUUAACCCUGGACAUGCUACCCCGAAGCCACUUGGUUUGGUUCUUUUAUUCAUUAAACAUUUGUGUUUUUUUGGAAAUCCGUUCCCUCUCUGAAAGGUGCUAUGAGUUUUAGAACCCCUUUGUAAGAACUCCCUGGGCCGACAAGAAACUCCUCGCUUAGCUGCUGACAAAGCAGGUGCAUGGGAGUCUGAUAAAGGGAUUGGUCAAUCAUAACGUAUUUCUUUUUCAGUGUUAAUGGCUGGCUCUUAUGUCCACUAAAAUAUUUAUCUAAAAAAAAUUAGUAUUUAUCUAGCUUUCCCCACCUCAGCGAUCACACCUUCUGGUAGGGGGGCAAAGGGCAGAUGUUUUACCAGUGGUAUGUGACAGGCUUCCAGCCCCUCAUUCAAUAAAAAGGGUCCCCUGUUUUUAAGGAACUUUAAAGCAAAGCCUACUGUUUGUUUCGUGUUUCUUUCCUCUUUUAAAAAAAUACUGAAAGUUUAAAAUUCUUUAGAUAGUAGAAUUUUUUUUUUAAAUGAUCUGUUCCUUUAAGGUAUAGAAGCUUUAUUUGCAUAUUUAUUUCAUAUCUUGAUUCUUUUUUUCCACGUAAACUUGAAGGGGGUAGACACACAAUGGCUCCUGUCAUCCCAGAGGAGGCUCCGUGUUGAGAAACUGUUGAGUGUACAGAUUUUAUUUAUGCAUAAUUUAAUGGGAUCUGUAAAUACUUCUUACGGCUUUUUUGAGAAAUGGGAUUCGAUUUUAAUAUUAACUUUUAAUGGUGACGGGUCACGUAGCCCCUCUAGAUUUUAUGCGAACGCACACAGGGUAUUGAACUCAAGAUGAAGCUGGGCUUUUCUCUUGGCUGGUCAAGUAUUAUUUAAUUGGAGCUGUUUAGGAAGAAAUCCACAUCUUGUUCCUGUGGGCUGAACCAGAAGAGUGUAGAGUUUAGUUUGUGUGGGUGACGUGCAGAUUGGGAUUGAUCCUCCAUGCCUGACCGUGCUCCUUAAAUAACUGUUGUGUGUAUGAUACCUGUAUAAUAAAAAUAUUCUCGAUAGACUCUCU